UGAGAGGCGAUCGGGUGGGCUACGUUAAACCGAGCGGCGCUUCCCGGACGAGCGGGGCUCGGCAGCGGGGCGUGUCGGAACUUGGCUUGGGGCGAAGGGGGCAGCGGUGCACCCCGGGCUUGCUCCCCACCCCGGGCCCCUGGCUCUGCCACUCCGCCCUGCCUGCCGGUCUCCCCGGCCUGUCCUGCGGCUCCCUUGUUCCAGGAAGCCCCGCGAGGCACCCUGUGGCUUUUUGCAGUUCUGAAAGUAUCGGCUUCGCUUCCUGCCUGGCCAAGAUGUGCGACAAACCGGAUCUUUCGGAGGUCGAGAAGUUCGAUAAGAAGAAGCUGAAGAAAACGAAUACGGAGGAGAAGAACACGCUGCCUUCCAAGGAGACCAUUGAACAAGAAAAAGAGGGUGCCAAGUCAUCAUAGACCAGCGGCAUGAAGCUCUGAUGUUUUUGGGGUUGUUUCUCUAAAACAACUUAUAUUUAAACUUGCAUCUCACAAAAUGCUGCAGCAGCCCAUUUGUGGCUGCUGCCUCUUUGAGCCUCCCCGCCCCCCACUUUUCUGGGCUUGGCCGUGCCCUCUUCCAUCACAGAAGAAAAAAUGAUUCACGGGAAAUUUCUGGGACUUACCCAGUGUGAUUCUCAUAGUUUGCCUUUCUUGUCUGAUGGAGCAAUUUCAUCAGUUAAAUCCUAAUUAGUAAAAUUGUUUGCAAUUGUUUUUGCAGCUUUACUUUGAUUUCUGAAAAAUGGAAAGAAAAAUCUAUUAAAAUUUUUAAAAUG